AUGCCACCUUCAGGUGAUAUUGAAUGGGGUUGUGGCUUUCGUGCAGAAAUGAUUCCUGACAAAGACAAUCCGGGCUACUGGAAAAAUACAAAAUAUUGUCCCAAACAUAUUUAUCUUGAGCAUAUUCAAGCAGCACCUUGCUCAAUAGACAAAGAUGAUUAUAACGUUGUAGAUUGUAAUGUCUCAAGAACCGAUCGUUACUGUAGUCGUCGAACUUCCUAUGGAGUAAUACUCACUAUGUGCAAUUGUGGUAUCAUUCUGAACUUCAAUGAAUUAUACAGAUCUGAAUCACCUACACGAGUACUCCAUCACUUAUGUACAACAAUUAAUUGUUUAUCACCAUCUGUUCCAUUACCAAAAUACUUGAUAUACGACAAUGCAUGUGGUCUGUUACUCACGUUUCAAAAUCGUUUUGAAAAUGGUCAUAUACAUCACACAGCACGCACCGAUGCCUUAGAUAACAUGAUAUUUUUGAUUGAUAAAUUUCACAUUGGUAAUCAUACGAGACCGAUGUGUCAGGCACAAACCAACCCAUACAAAUAUCCUGAUGUCAAUGGCAUAAACACAGUUGUCUGUGAACAGACAAACUUGAAAUUGAAAAAAUACCAGAAUACACUAUCAUCUUUCUCUUUUCCAAAGAGUAAAAUCUUCUAUCUCUUAUUGUUUAAUUUCAUGAACUAUCCGCUCCUUCACUUACUAUACGUCACUCAACGUCCAUAUUCCAGUGAGCCACUUAAUAGCACUAAACAAUUUACUCCAGAUGUUCUCGGAGGCAAGCUUAGCGCAAGUACAGUAUGCCCAUCGGCGCAACACGCUCUUUCUUCUCAUUAUAAUCUACACAAUAUGUAUGGAUAUUUCGAAGCAAAAGCAACGAAUAUUGCAUUGAAAGCAAUUCGAGGUAAACGACCAUUCGUUCUGUCACGUUCGUCAUUUGCUGGUUCCGGUCAAUAUACUGCACACUGGACUGGGGACAAUAAAUCAACAUUCAAAGACAUGUAUUUUUCCAUUUCAGCUAUUCUCAGUUUUAAUAUGUUUGGUCUGACUAAUGUCGGUGCUGAUAUAUGUGGUUUUGGAUUAGACACAACGGAAGAAUUGUGUACACGAUGGAUGCAGUUAGGUGCAUUCUAUCCAUUUAUGAGAAAUCAUAAUGCUGGAAAGGAUCAAGAUCCAGCUGUGUUCUCCUGGACAGCUCAACAGAUCAUGAAGCAAGCAGUGCUCAUGCGAUACUCGCUGACACCAUUCUGGUACACACUUCAUUAUCAAGCGACAGUAUCAUCGAAAACGUUAAUACAACCUCUUCAUUUCGAAUUUUCUGAUGAUGAAAAUACAUUGGGUAUCGAUCAGCAAUUCCUUCUCGGACGUGCUAUUCUUGUUUCACCAAAUCUUAUCUCGAAUACGACGACAGUUAAUGCUUAUUUUCCUCGAGAUAUCUGGUAUCAGUACCCAUCGGGUAAAAAAGUCGAGUCCGUCGGUGUAUUUGCAAAUCUUGAUGCUCCUUUGGAUAAGAUAAAUGUUCAUAUUCGAGGUGGCUUCAUUAUUCCGAUGCAAAUACCUGGUGAUAAUUUGAUGUUAAGUCGUGGAAAUCCAUUUAUUUUAAUCGUGGCAUUGUCGUCAUUCAGAAAUGCGACUGGAAAUUUAUUUUGGGAUGAUGGAGACUCGAUCGAAACGAAGAUCUAUAACUAUUUUGAAUUUUCGUCCGUUGAAAAUACGUUGACAAUCAAUGCAACCGUAACCAAUUACACAGAUUCACCAAUGCGUUUAGAACUUGUCCGAAUUUUUGGUGUUAAUCAGUCGGUUACAGAUGUUAUUGUCAAUGGAAAAGAACAUAUCGACUUCUUUUACAAUAUUUCUGAUCAAGUUUUAGUGAUCUAUGCUCUCGAUCUAGCCAUGAUCGAGCAGACUAUUCAAACCAUCCAAUGGAUAACAAUGAAAUAG